AUGGCGGCCGCAGCGGCGGCCGGAGGAGACCGAGGAGGAGAUGACGAGAGCCGCUGAGGCGGGUCGGCGCUAGGAGCCCAGCCGGAGGUCAUGGAAGCUCCGGGUGGUAACUAACGAUGCGCCUGGUGAGUGGGAAGACGAGGCGAGGCAGACAUGGAGGCAAAGAACCUGCUUGACCUGUGUGUUAAAUUUCAUAAUGGAUUAUGGGAUCAUGCACUGAUGAGCCAGCAAGUGGAAUGCCUGUGUGACUGAAGAAAAUGGGUGCUAAUGCUUCGAACUACCCUCAUUCGUGUUCCCCAAGGGUAGGGGGAAAUUCUCAGGCACAACAGACGUUCAUAGGAACAUCAUCCUAUUCUCAUCAAGGCUAUGGCUGUGAAUCUAAACUGUAUAGCCUUGAGCAUGGCCAUGAAAAACCCCAAGACAAGAAAAAGAAAAGCUCUGGCCUCGCUACCCUGAAAAAGAAGUUCAUUAAGCGCCGAAAAUCUAGCCGGUCUGCUGAUCAUGCCAAGCAGAUGCGUGAGCUCCUCUCAGGCUGGGAUGUUAGAGAUGUCAAUGCAUUAGUGGAAGAGUAUGAGGGAACAUCAGCCUUAAAAGAGCUUUCUCUACAAGCUAGUUUGGCAAGGCCUGAAGCUAGGACACUGCAGAAAGACAUGGCUGAACUGUAUGAGUUUAAAUACUGUACAGAUGUCGAUCUAAUAUUUCAAGACACUUGUUUCCCUGUACAUCGUGCAAUUUUGGCUGCAAGGUGUCCAUUUUUUAAGACCCUGCUUUCUUCAUCUCCAGAAUAUGGUGCAGAAAUUGUAAUGGAUAUCAGCACAGCUGGCAUAGACCUGCCCAUGUUUUCUGCUUUGUUACACUAUCUGUACACAGGGGAAUUUGGAAUGGAGGACUCAAGAUUUCAAAAUGUUGACAUCCUCAUGCAGCUUAGUGAAGAAUUUGGAACGCCAAAUUCUUUAGAUGUUGAUAUGCGAGGACUGUUGGACUACAUGUGUUAUUAUGAUGUAGUUCUCAGCUUUUCAUCUGACUCUGAACUGGUUGAAGCUUAUGGUGGAAAUCAGAGCUGCUUAGAUGAAGAGCUGAGAGCGCACAAAGCUAUAAUUUCAUCCCGAUCACCAUUUUUUCGACAUCUGCUUCAGCGGAGGAUACGAACUGGCGAAGAGAUUACUGAUCGAACUCUUAGGACUCCAACAAGGAUUAUAUUGGAUGAAUCUAUCAUACCAAAAAAAUAUGUGAGAGUAAUUUUAAACUGUAUGUACACAGAUUUGGUUGACCUGUCUAUUUUGCACAGCAGUCCUUCAGUGGGCAGUUUAAGUGAAGUUCAGGCUCUUGUAGCAGGAAAGUCAAGCAUGACGAGAGCUGAAGAAGCUAUGGAACUUUAUCACAUCGCACUCUUUUUGGAGCUUAAUAUGCUUGCCCAAGGCUGUGAAGAUAUUAUCGCUGAGAGCAUCUCACUAGACACUUUAAUUGCCAUUCUCAAGUGGAGUUCUCAGCCGUAUGGCUCCAAAUGGGUACACCGCCAAGCACUGCAUUUCCUCUGUGAGGAGUUUACGCAGGUCAUGACUUCAGAUGUCUUUUAUGAACUCAGCAAAGACCACCUGCAAACUGCAAUUCAAUCUGAUUACUUGCAGGCAAGUGAGCAAGAUGUCCUGAAGUACCUUGUUAAAUGGGGCGAACAUCAGUUGAUGAAAAGAAUAGCAGAUCGGGAGCCUAAUUUGCUGAGUGGCACAGCUCACAGCGUCAACAAACGAGGUGUGAAGAGGAGAGAUCUUGACAUUGAGGAACUAAAAGAAAUCCUUUCUCUUCUCCUGCCAUUUGUUCGCAUUGAGCAUAUUUUGCCUAUGAACAGUGAAGUGCUAACGGAUUCUAUGAAGAGAGGCCUCAUUAGUACUCCUCCUUCAGACAUGCUACCAACAGCAGAGGGUGGAAAGUCAAAUGCUUGGCUGCGGCAAAAGAAUGCAGGGAUUUAUGUGAGACCAAGGCUGUUUUCACCAUAUGUGGAAGAGGCAAAGUCAGUUCUGGACGAGAUGAUGGUGGAACAGACUGACCUAGUUCGUUUACGGAUGGUUAGAAUGUCCAACGUACCAGACACUUUGUACAUGGUAAACAAUGCAGUUCCACAGUGCUGUCAUGUGAUAAAUCACCAGCAAAUGAGCAGUAACCAAUCCAGUCCUCCAUCAGUUGUAGCCAAUGAAAUCCCAGUUCCUCCUCUGUCUGUUGUGAAAGAGAUGGUCAAAAGGCUGCAGGAGUUACGCCACACUGAGCAAGUGCAAAGAGCUUAUGCUCUUAAUUGUGGAGAAGGGGCCACUGUCAGCUAUGAGAUUCAGAUCCGUGUGUUGAGGGAAUUUGGACUUUCUGAUUCUGCUGCUGAGCUCUUGCAGAAUCCUCACAAGUUCUUUCCUGAUGAGCACUUUGGGGAUGAAAGCCCGCUUUUGACCCUGAGACAGUCGGGACGGUGUCGUGUGAACAGCACACCCACAGCAGAAACCAUGUUUACAGAACUCGACUCUUUUGUGGCCUUCCACCCACCAUUGCCCCCUCCUCCACCUCCUUACCAUCCACCAGCUACCCCAAUCCACAACCAGUUCAAAGUGGGUUGGAAACCAAGGGGACAGGCUCAGCAUCCCUCACGCUCCUUUUCUUAUCCCUGCAACCAUUCACUCUUUCAAGCCAGAACAGCACCUAAAGCAGCCCCACCCAUCUAUCUGUCUGGUGUCAAAGGCACACCCCCCGAUUGCACUAACACUACAGGACUGGGAAGACAAACAGUUGCUGCUGCAGCCGCUGUGCUGGCUGCUGAGAAGCAAGUGGGCACUCAACCUGUGCUCAAUGAGCUGAUGCCAGAUAUUGCUAUGGGAGUGUCAGCAAUGUCUCUCAAGGACAGUAGACUGCCAGAGCUUACUGUUGACACUGAAUUGAGCCAGCCAGUUUUGGAAGUUGGGCCAGGACCACCUCAACAUAUGUCCUGCAUUCAGACAAGGCACAUACACGGUUCCCGGAAAAAAAAUUCAGUUGAACAAAAGCCAGAGACUCGAGACAAUCUGCAGGAAUAUCCUGAUUUCUAUGAUUUCUCCAGUACUGCCUGCAGACCUUCUACCCCUGCCCCUGCCAGGCACACGCCUUCGCCUUCACAAGGCAUCUAUUAUGGCCCUGAUUUGUAUAGUCACAAUAAAGCAUCAGCUAGUGGCUUGAAGGCAACCCACCUAUCUAAUCACAUCUCUCCUAAAAAGCUAGAAGACUCAAGGAGAGAGUAUAUGCUUUCUCAAGAAGGGCAUCCACACAGACAAAAGAAUGAACCAAUACACCUUGAUGUCUUAGAACAACCUCCCCAGCGGCUGGACUUGGCACUGGCUGCUCAAGAGAACACUGGGAAUGUUCCCAUCCAUGCAAGAGGGCGAUCAAAAAUAGAAACUGACUUGACAUUUGGACUAACCUCAAGCCGACCUUCUCUGCCUGCAUAUAGCUCAGAGAUCCAUGAAGAGCAAUCCAACCGGAGAUUGGCAGACAUUGAGCCUCUGGAGCAUGAAGCACAGAGAAGUGCAGAUUUGGAAAGAGAAGAGGCAGUAAGUAGAGGAAGGAGGUCUCCAAGCAAACCUGACUUCCUGUACAAAAAGUCCGCCCUCUGAAAACCACCUCCACUUUUUUUCUGUGCCUAAGAGUUGUGAAAUAACCAGUCUUUGCAGUCCUUGGCCUGACAUUUGUUGGCCAUGUUCAUUUAAAUGCCAGCAGCUACAUUACUUUUUAUUUUUGUAUAUACA